AACUGAAAAGCUGCUUGGAUAAUAAUAAGAAGUGUUAUUGACUUGUAAAGACUAAAAGUAUAGGCUUUUUGAUUUUAUGACAUAACGGUCUGGCAUACAUUCCUCACUAACAAUGCACACCGACCUCCAACGAGAAUUCAAGAUGCCACAUUGAAGGGGAACAAAAAGGCGACCUGACAGCGGUGUUUGCACUCCCUCCACUUUUCUCCGAAAUAGUCACGGGAUUUCAAUGUUCAGUCUGCUCUUCGAUUUCUGUGUGGACUUCAGCCGUACCUAUAUGGCGGGUGUGACCAGAGAAUUCUGCCAGGCACAGCACCUCACCUCCGUGGAGAAGUGAAUCGGCCGCCCCCUGAGAGACUACGCUACCCAGAAACCCCCCUGACUGUGGCUGACUUUCCCUCUAGGAUACAGCGUAGUCUUUGGCCCGACAGCCCGGUCCUGUCCCGACCAAUACCAAAACAUAUUUGCUUUCUGCUUUCUCCUUGAACAACCAAUCACACACAGCUCUCCUGAAUGGGCCGUCUUGCCAACAUGAACCGCCCCGCUGCAGUCGAGAUUGCCCACGAGUGCAUGAGGUUCCUUAUCACCCACAACCCCACCAACGCCACACUCAACAAGUUCACCGAGGAGCUGAAGAAGUUUGAGGUGAACACUCUGGUCCGAGUUUGUGAAGCCACCUACGACAAGGCUCCUGUAGAGAAGGAGGGGAUCCAAGUCCUGGACUGGCCUUUCGAUGAUGGCGCCCCCCCUCCCACGCAGAUCGUGGACGACUGGCUGAAGCUGCUGAACACCAAGUUUCGAGAGCACCCCGGCUGCUGCAUCGCCGUGCACUGUGUGGCGGGCCUGGGCCGAGCUCCAGUUCUGGUGGCCUUAGCCCUCAUCGAGGGAGGAAUGAAGUACGAGGACGCCGUGCAGUUCAUAAGGCAGAAGAGACGUGGAGCCUUCAACUCCAAACAGCUUCUGUACCUCGAGAAAUACAGGCCCAAAAUGCGUCUGCGGUUCAAAGAUACCAACGGCCACAACUGCUGUGUGCAGUAGGCCGCCAUCAGUGCAUCUGUUUGUAAUGCGCAUCUAGUCUGGAAACUUCCGACAGGAGGUCAUGAAAAACAACAUAAAAGCGUGCUAUCAGUAAUUAUUGUGAUGAUUUGUAACACUGAGUCAUGGUUAAUUGGUCAGAGAGCGAUCUGAUGAUCAAACAUGCGAAACUAGAUCUGGGGAACCACCAGCCGAAACAACGAAUGGAAGGUCAAAGCACACAGACGGGCCCGGUUCUACUGUCCAACCACGGGCCAGAGUUUUUCCACUUGAGUCCAUCCUGUUUCUAUUUUUUCUUCUUCUCUCUGUUCUUCAUUUCAGUUGUAAUCAUGGGAUAAAACCUUCCAUUAUGUGAAUUUUUAUUUUUACACAGAUGUGACAAGAACAUAAGAAGCAUGUUUUUAUUUCCACUAAUAACUCAAGCAAUCGGCCAUUUUUUUUAAACAUUUAAAAACUUUAAACACACAUUGUGUCUUUUUUUUAAUUUUAUUUUUUGCACAGAACUCCGAAGAUUCACCUGAAAAUGCAGUAAUGUUUUCCUUAUACUCCUCGCUUGCUUAAAGUCACUUUGAGUUUAGGGGUUCACUGAGUGUGAAUGUCGAUAUUUAUUCACAGGAAACGUGUGGCAGGUAGGAGUUGGGCAGGGGCAAGGACACUUUGUUAUCCAAUAGUUUUUUUUAUUGUUUCAGAGCCAUUUUAAUCUUGUCAGAGUGCAAUAAUCAGUCCACCUCAGAUCUGCUCAUCAGACCCUGCUGAACCUCUCACUCACACACACACACACACACUCACACACACACACACACACACAGGGUGAAGAAGAAUUAAACUGGUCAGUUUUUUAUCAUUGUUCCCAUUUUGAAAACCUCCCCAAUUCGUAUUGGUUCUUUAAAGAUAAAUAAAUUGAAAUAAAAAAAGCA